GACGAUUCGACGACAACAACUUGUAAAGCCUACGGAUUUCACUUACCUGAGAUUCCAAGCUGGGACCAUGGAUCCCCUGUUUAUUGCAGCCCACGCAGCUGCUCUCCGGGCCUCAUGCGACGAGACCAUUGGUUUUACUUCGGUGGUUCUCAGUGCUGGGACACCGGACCAGGACUCGGUUCUGUCUGGCCUUGGAUAUGAUCUUCAAUUUGUCGGCCCCGUCCUGACUGAGAUGCAAAUGACCUGGGCCGCAAACGGUUCUGCCAUGAUGGUUCACCCUGCAGCAGGGUUUGGCAUGUGGCCCAGUGUCCAGAAGAACCUCGAGAGUGCCAGGGCCAGUUUCCAGUCCAUCAAAACACAGCUUGAACCAGUCUUGGGCAGCGUCGGCAAAAGCAGCGGGUUCCUGGGGCGAAACAAAGCUGCUUGGAAACUGGGUAUGCGGAUCAGGACACUGGCCAUCUACCGAGAGCGCCUCCGAGCCCAUCACUUGGCAUUCAAAGUCAGCGUCAGCAUGAUGCGGAUGUAG